AUGGCGGAUGAGCACGGUCGCCGACGCAAGAAAUUGAGAAUGCAAUUUACGCGUCCAUUCAAACAUGAUUCUCUGUUGCCGCCCUGUAUCGGGGAUCAACACAGAGAGUCUAAGCCGCCUUUCUUCCAGAAGCGCAGAUGGAACCCGCAGCGCCUGUUUCUUCCGGGAUCUUCGAAGUAUCCUUCUCGGUUCACAUUCCUACCGCACGAUGGAGGUCCCUCCGAGCGCCUUUGGAACAAGCCCUUCUGGCCCUCGACACCCCGGCGAUUGGAGGUGGAGGUAGUGCAACAGCACAAUAAGAUCCUGUUUGACGAUGGGGUGCACGAGCCCUUCUCUAUUGAUACGAGAUUCACAUUCCUCUCUAAGAUCUGGCAAUCCCAAGAGCGCAAGAAGAAUCCCUCCCGUCUGCUCAGCUUGCCGCCUGAGCUCCUAUGCCAUAUAUUCUCCUACCUCGCCGAAGAUCUGGAGGUGGCAGUUCACGAAGCAGGUGUUGACGCGAGUGGGUGGCACCGUCCCUUCUCGGUUGUACUAUCCAACCCGCGCGCCUGGCAAGACUUGAUGGCCAAGAGACGGGUCUCGAAGAGAGUCAGAGAACACGUGCAGGACGCGCAACAAUGGGCCGCCUGGCAGAAAGAUAGACAGAUCGUUAUCGAUAUCCGCAAGGCAGCAGUUGAGGAACUGCCCGAGGAUAUCGAUGCAUAUUCAUUGCGACUCCCACCUGCUCCCGCGAGUCGUUAUCCCAUUCCCCCCAGGAUUUUGGCAAUGUUCCGGUCCCUUCGAUUUUGUCUUCCCGUCUCGGUCGAAUCUCCGGAUGAACAUAUCCAGGUCAAACUUUUCAAUUUCACAUUCGAAAAGUCGACCGAAGCAAUCAUUUACGAGCUCGCCGAAAUCAGGCAAUCAAGCUUUUGGACAGACACCGGGCUCACCUACUGCCGUGACGCUAUUCCUCUCGCCGUCACUUUUGAUGAGGUCGAGGCAAACUUCAGAUCAGAACUCACAGCAAGGGCCCUCAGCUUGAAUACCUCGGCGGCUUCUCUAUAUCAACUGGUCAUGGUGCUUGGCGUGAAUGCACUGAUGGAUCCUGAUAAAUGGCCGAAUUACGCGCCGCUAGCGACUUGGUGGACUCUGCGACAAGUUCUGCCUACAUGCGAUCCGCGCAAAAGAAUUCCCGAAUUGAACGGCAUGCCUUUCAAGCUUGGUUGGCAUGGAGCCCCACCGACCCACAAGCCGAAGACUGUGGGAGAUGGAGAGAGCUUCAUGGUAAAGUGGAGGCCCUGUGCGGAGCUGAUCAAGGCUCGUCGAUGGGAGGAGCCAAAGAUCAUCAAAUUGGGCUGGCGCGGCUCCCGCAUCCUCGCUGACGCUAGACGUCAAGACCAAGAACUCGAAGGUGACGAGGUCUCCCAGCUCGCGAACUGGCUCGAAAACCUUGAAGUGCCAAGCGAACGCGAGUUGAUCGACAAGGAACUACAAAUGACCUUCGAAAUAGUAGUUGAAUGUCUCCAAGAGAUGUCUAGAGCAAACGAAGAGAACUUGUCCGAUGCCACUACUGCGCGAGCGAGCCCUGUUAUGAGCUACUCCAACAUUACACAGCUCAUGCACGUCGACCUCAACGUAGUCGGAUGUUCGUAUACCAAAGAGCAGGUGCAGAGAUAUGUCGACCGUUUAUGGGGAGCGCAGAGAUCUCUCAAACUCUGGAGGCCUUGA